UCUGCCAAGUUUCGUAUCUUACGAACAUAUGAUUAUUUUCAGAAUCUAGAGGAGUCCGGCGUAAAAUAAUUCAAGUUUAUUGGUGUAUAUAUAAGUAAAGUAUUACAGUUUCCUGCUUAUUCGCAACAAUCAUGUACACCCUGAAACGUGCAUUUGCUCUUGUAUUAUAUGGCAUAUAUUGCGUUUCUGCGCUCUCAACAACGGAUAAAAAGAUCCAAAAAGACGAUCUGACGGACAUUAAAAACAGAUUGGGAUCUCUGGAACAAAUGGUGGGACAGCUGAUCACAAAAAACUCUUCUCUGGAUAUUCUUAGAUUAUCCGGUUCUGCACGUAGAGAGGAACACGUGGCUUUCUCGGCGUACAAGAAUCAAACCCAGACCGGACUCAAUAAGAGACACAUCAUCAAGUUUGAGGGCACAGUACUGAACCUGGGCCAUCACUACCACCCAGAGGACGGCAUCUUCAUCGCCCCGAUGACAGGCGUCUAUCUGUUUCACUGGACUAUCAAUAACUAUCAAGAUUGGACACAUACAAAUAUAUUAGUAGGUGGUAAAGUGGUAUCUACCACCACCACAUCCGUUGUGUCUGGAAAUUAUAAUUCUGGAUCCGCCAUGGUGAUUGUUACCGUGCAGAAGGACGAACAUGUCUGGAUACAGACCUGCUGCGGUUCUGGUCAUGAGGUGUACGGGAAUACACUGGGUCUGGACAACUAUUUCCAGUCCACGUUUUCGGGAACCUUACUUUUUUCUGUGUUGUAAACUUUACAAAUAUGAAAGAACUUAGCCGAACAUUGGUCUGAAUGAAUCAGCGAAUAUCAAUGUAUUGACCAAUAUCAAUAAAUAGAAGAAUGUCA